CCACAUGCACGUACGUCCGAGCCCCUACUACCGCGCUGCCCGCCGUUCGUCGCGUAUCAUCCAUCGUCUCAGGCUCAGCCACCAAUCAUAACUCGGGCAACAGGCAGCUGUACGUCCUGUCCACUAUAUAUACACACACACCUAUCAAUUUAGAUCGAUCGACCUUUCACAUCUCAAGUCUCAUCUCACCGGCUAGCUAGUCUGUUCCGUCUGGUGUAGUUAGUUCGUCGGCACCGUGCCUAUGUCAGCAAGCGGAGCGGCCUCCGGCGUCUCAGCGCUCAUGCCGGAGGCGCGGAGGCCGAGCAGGUACGAGUCGCAGAAGCGGCGCGACUGGCAGACGUUCGUGCGGUACCUGGCGGCGCACCGCCCACCGCUGCUGCUGCGCCGGUGCAGCGGCGCGCACGUCCUCGAGUUCCUCCGCUACCUAGACCGCUUCGGAAAGACCCGCGUCCACGCGCCGCCCUGCCCUGCCUAUGGCGUGCGCGCAACGACAACCACGGCUUUGGCGCCAUGCCAGUGCCCGCUCCAGCAGGCGUGGGGCAGCCUCGACGCGCUCGUCGGCCGCCUGCGCGCCGCCUUCGACGAGCGCCACGGCGCCCGCAGCAACCAGCAGCAAGACGCCAGCUGCUGCAACCCCUUCGCCGCGCGCGCCGUCAGGCUCUACCUGCGCGACGUCCGCGACGCGCAGUCCAGGGCGCGUGGCAUCUCCUACCACAAGAAGAAGAAGAAGCGCAAGCUUGCUGCCGGCUGCAUCAAGGAGGCGGCCUCCUCCUCCAAGAACGGCGGUGGCAUGGACGCGGACGGCGAACACCAUCAGCCUGGCCCCUUGCGCGGGCACAAGAUUACUACGACGACGACGAAGGCACUGGCUAACGCGGCGCCGGUACCGCCACUGCUGCCGCCCCUGCCGCCGUGCCUUGCGGGGGUGCCGUUCGAGUACUGCGACACGGGUAGCCUCGUUGCUAGUGGAGCCGGUUGCUACGGCGGCGUUUACUUGCCCUUGCUCUUCAACGCUUUUACCUAGCCCAAUCCCCAACGCUCAUAGUUCCCGAUCUUCAUGUCCUAGGAGGAGCCUACAUUCGAGUUUGAUUAGGAUCGUCGUCGUCCUUUAGGUGCUAACAUGUUACUUUGCAAUUUGCACAAUUUGUUAGUUAUUCUCGUACUGUGUGUGUUAAUUUCGUGUAUCAUUCCGGCCCGACAUGCAUGAUUUGUUAGUUGUUCUUC